AUGAAAAGGGAAGUAAGUCCCUGGAGAGAAGAAGAUCUCCCAAGACAGGCAGAAAACUCCUUCACGGCUUUGGACGUGAGGGUGACGAGGAGGAGAUUGACGAUGGAGGAGGUUGAGAUGGAGAAAGUUUUGAUGUCGGUGAGGGACAGGAUGAGUUGGCGUGAGGUUGGAGGAAGUCAGCCACCAGCGCUUGGCAGUGUGGCACUGUGGGCAGCGUGGGACCAAAAUGAGGCAACCGCCAGUCAUGACACAAGGCGCGGAUUCUCCCCGUACGGUAAUAUCACGCCUGCUCUGGUCGGUCGGUCGGUCGGUUACUGGUCAAUCCGUCGAUGCCCAACAGCUCGCUUGGGCCAGGGCUGCAGCCGGCCGUGGCCGCGACGCCCAAAUGGCAAAAUGACAAGUUCCCCCCCCCCCGGUCACCAUCAUGAAGGGUUAUUUGGCAAAUCGCUUGCGGCUUCCAGAUCACACGUGGGCUACGAUUGGGCGGCUGAGAGUGUGUUGUUAUUGAUUCGGCGAAAACUUCCGUCGUCUGGUCGGACUUAUUCCUCUGUAUUCAUGCCAGAAACGAGGCUGGCAGCGCUCAAUUACGCAGUAGUUGACCUGACGGAAUACCCCGCUCAUACAAGAGCGGGACGAGGAUCCCUAAAAGGACAUCCGCGAUUCCUCGGUGCCUCGUUAUUGACCAAUUGA